AUGAAGGCAUUCCGCGUCGGCCGCAAGCCCCCCGGUACCUGGACGAACCGGACGCCGCCCAUCCGAGGCGGCCGCUUCGACGAGCCGGCCGUGCCCUCCGACCCGGAAAAGAGGGCCCUUCUCGGCGGGCAGCUGGACGGCCAUGCUCCUCCUGCAGAACGUCCUUCACGCCAGCAGUCUCCCGCCUCCAGCAGCGACGGUUCGGAAUAUGCGAGCGGCCGAGAGUCUGCACCGGACCGUGUGGCGCGGCGCGCCAAGCACAACUUGCCUCGGACAACAAAGGACCUCGGCGGCAGCAGCAGCGCCGGUGCACACGUCACCAUGAACGCGGACGAGUGGACCGAAUGGGCCAUACGGCAGGGCCAGGAGGUCGACCGGCGACAGUACCCGUCGCUGGACGCCACGGUGCAGGAGGCCAUUGCCGACAAGUACAGGGCGCUGCACCGCCGCAUCCAGGAGCAGGGCCUCUACGACUGCCGCUACAUGGAGUACGGCAAGGAGCUGAUGCGGUACACGGCCCUCUUUGCCACCUUUCUUGCCGCCCUGCGCGCCGGCUGGUAUCUGACUUCGGCCGUGUUUCUCGGGUUGUUCUGGCACCAAAUCAUGUUCACGGCGCACGACGCUGGCCAUCGAGCCAUUACCAAGAGCUUCGUGGUGGAUACAUUGAUCGGUCUCUUCAUCGGCGACUUUUGCGCCGGACUGUCCAUGGGCUGGUGGAAGAGCAGUCACAACGUUCACCACCUCGUGACCAAUUCGCCCGAGCAUGACCCCGACGUGCAAAACGUUCCCCUAUUUGCCACGUGCCCCUCGUUCUUCAAGUCUCUUCGGUCGUCGUACUACGACUUUGUCUUUGUGUGGGACGCGGCCGCCAGCUUCCUGGUGCCGUAUCAGCAGUACACCUUCUACCCGACCAUGUGCGUUGCGCGGUUCCUGCUCUACGCGCUCUCGUGGAGCCACGUGCUGUCGUCCAAGUCGUCCGGGCUGGCGGGCAGCACGGCGUGGUGGAUCCGGCCGACCGAGAUUGGCUUCAUGGCGUGCUACUGGUUCCUGUACGGCUACGUGCUCGUCUGGCGCAGCCUGCCGACCUGGCAGCUGCGCGUGGCCUUUGUCGCCGUCUCCCACAUGGUCACCAUGCCGCUGCACGUCCAGUUCACCCUCUCGCACUGGGGCAUGUCCACCGCGGAGCUCGGCGCGGCCGAGUCGUUUGCCCAGCGGCAGCUGCGCACCACGCUCGAUGUUGACUGUCCCGCCUGGCUGGACUUUGUCCACGGCGGCCUGCAGUUCCAGGCAAUCCACCACCUGUUUCCGCGCGUGCCCAGGCACAACCUGCGGACAGUCCAGGGCAUGGUCAAGGAAUUUUGUGCCGAAACCGGUGUGCCGUAUUCCAUCUUGGGCUUUGUAGACGGAAACCGCCAGGUGCUGGGUCGGCUGAGCGACGUGGGCGAUCAGGUCAAAAUUUUGCUGAACUGCCAAAAGUAUAUGUCUGUUACUGGGGACAGUGGACUGCAUUAA